CGGUGUGAGUGGCGGCGAUGUCGUACUAGGAUACUAGGAACAGUGUGAUCCCGAUUUAUCCCGGUAAUCCGACGGAAAGACACUCGACGAUGUCGACGACGGCUAAAGUGACCUUUUUAGCCUCCUGCGUUGCUAGCGGUGGUCUGAUUGCCUACGUGCACUACAGCCAAGCUGCAGACCGCGAGCGACUACACGACGGCGUGCGUAGGGAUGUUGAGCGUCAGCGACUAAAGGGUCUCGUAGAGUCCAGUGGCACCGGUGCCAGUGCCCGUGGUGAUACGAGUGCAAUCGAUUCAGGCGGCACACCACGGCAACGAUAGCAUUCCCCGAGGGCUGUGUCGCAUCUAGUGUUACAUUGGUAGAACGAGAAUAGAACCAGUUAAGACCAAAAAGAAGGUUUCACUUCACGCUUGUGUAUUUGGACGUAAUUCAAUUACUUGCACGUUACAUUUAACUACCAAACAAAAAUCCAAUCCAUCUCUUUCGAAACGAAAUUUCUUAAAACUACGCGUGAAGGAGAAGGGGUUGGUCAUCCAUUGACCACAUUGGUUUACGAGUGUGAUGUUUGAGAUAUAUAAGGAAAAAAAUCAC